GUCAAAAAGUUACACAAGCGAGGGAUGAGGUUAUUGAACAGGACGGUUUCACAACUCUCAAACGAGACUCCUCACCUGCAUUCACCAUCCACUGAAGCCGGUCACACCACUUUUUUUUCUUUGGGGAUUUUAUUUCACUUGCAGAAAAAACAUCCCAAACAUCCAGUGUGUGUGUCAGUGGGAAAUCCAUUGACAGACUCGUCCACGCCUCCUCUCUCCGAACAAUAACAGCGUUUCACACUCUUUGAGUGAUGAGUGGCCUCAGAUGAUUUGGGAAUACGCCGAUGUGUUCACGAUAGUGUCUCGGUCGUCGGUUAUAAUCAUCUUUAUUUGAUAAAAAAAAAAAAAAACUAACUAACAUUAAUAACAGAAUAUAUAGUAUCUGCAAACACGUCGUUGCCUGUGAAGUCUUUAUUUACCAAACAAACAUUUCCACCAUGGAGUUGAGUUCAGUGAUUUUAACGACUGGGAGCUCCGUCGUGUUUUUCAGGCUCAUCAACGCUGGGGUCAGUAAACUCCCCAUGCCUGAAUCUGCGUGCAGGAAUGCAGGGAAAUGGAGAAAUAUCUCUACAUCCUUCGUGCACAGUUUUAUCACGGCGAUAUGGGCAGUGCUUUGCUUUUUCCUUCACCCGCAGAUGGCUGAAGAUUUGAUAGAAACUCACUCAGUGUUUUCUCAUGCUCUGGUGUCGUUUUCGAUCGGUUACUUCAUCUAUGACUUCUUUGACAUGGUGACGAACCAGACAUUAAGUCAGUCCUGGGAGCUUCUGUUUCAUCACUUAGUGGUGAUCACCUGUUUCGGCCUCUCUGUGCUGUCCUGCCGUUACGUUGGCUUUGCCGUGGUGGCCCUGUUGGUGGAGAUCAACUCAGUGUUCCUCCACCUCAGACAAAUGCUGCGUAUGGCCAACAUCGCCAAAGGCACGCUGUACCGCGUCAACAGCAUAAUCAACCUGGGCACGUACGUGGUGUUUCGCAUCAACACGCUGGCCUGGAUGACCCGUUGGCUGGUGCUCAACAGGGACAAGGUGCCCCUCCUGGCCUACACACUGGGCAGUGUGGGUAUGGCCAUCAUGACGGUCAUGAAUAUUGUCCUGUUUUGUCGGCUACUCAGGAGCGACUUCUUGAAGAGCAGCAAGACCAAGAAAGAGAAAGAGAUGUAGAGAGGAGAGGAGGAAGAGACACGAGGAUCAGAUUCAUAAACACAACACACAACUCUUUACUGUAUGUUAACACCCUGUGGCAGAGAUUUGGUAUCAUUUUGCUUAUGUGUGUGAUAUAUUACAGGGAUACUUCAUCCUGAACAGGUACAUACAUACAAGGUGUAAUCAAAAGGCAAUCACACACAGCUAUUAUGCUAAAAGCUACAUUUAUUUGUAGUUUUUAGGCUUCUGUACAUGUGCCAGUCAUUCUUAAGUGCUAUUAGAGCCUCACUAAUGCUAGACGGAGGGUUUUUCAGAUGAAUAAUAUAAGGCCUUUUAUUAAAACAGCACCAAAUGCCUUAUCGUCCCACAGGGUGUUUGAGCUAAAAUGUGUCAGACAUGCUGUUUGUAAAAUGAACUCACCAACACUUGUGUAUAUUUCCAUAUAAGAAACAAAAAUAUCUUUAGUUGCAUGUAAGAAUAACCUUUUAGUUCAUUAUAUACCGGUGAGGGUUAUUAAAAAUGACAUUUAUUUACCACUGUGUAAAAAAUGGGAUUCAAACCCUCUUGUUGUUAAAAACCAACACUGCAGAGGUACAUUUAUUUUUUUGUUUGUUUUUUACUUUUUCCACCAAAUCUCCUCAACUAAAAAAACACCUGCUACCUCAGAAAGCUUGUAACAAAUCUUUACCUCUUUGUAACACAAGCUUUGCUGUCAGUGUUUGGCAGGUUAUUAGAGAAGAAAAUCGUAAAGGAAUUAAAGUAUAUUUGAAGAUUAUAUCUGUCUGUAGACGGAAGAAGAAGAAGGAUAUCCAGCAAUCCUGACUGAGUGAGAGAAUAUGUGAUGAAUAAAUACAAAAAAAGUUUGUGGCAUUUAAAUGAAACAGAUCAGAUUUGCAGUGGAAACUGCAUGAUGUUUGGUAACUAAACAACUCGUGCAAAAUUAGAUUGAAAUUAGGAGAAAGAAUUUAUAAAGCAUGAAAAAAUAAGCAGGCUUUAUGUUAAUUAUAAUUAUACAAUGUAAUCCUUAAAUACAAUUGGUACUGUACUGUCCUAACUAACCAAGUCAUGUGUAUAAAAUAAUCGAGUAAGUCAUCACCAACGAAACGACUACUAUCUACGGCAGUAGAUAGCGCUGCAGUACAAACUGACAAUGUUUUCAAUGGCUCGUGAUGGUGUAUAGUCUGCAGUAGGAGCUUUCAGACAGGCUGAAGUUGUUAUUCUUCAUUUGGCCUAUGGAGGACAGCACUCUCCUUAACAUUACCUCAGUGACAGUAACACCGGAGAUGUCUUUAUUUUGUGACGUCUUUGUAGAUCUGUGCCUCUUGCCUUUGUUUGUUUUUGUUUUUUUUAAAAGCUGCCAAUAAGCACAGAUAGAUGCAGAGGAUUUCCUGAGGUCUGUCUUUAAAUAAACAGGUCUGAGAUCUGUGAAUACAGCAAACUGUUAUACACACGGCUGCUACAAGGUUGCCUACUCUUACUGCUUGCAUCAUAGCAUUACAGUUCUUAUAUGGCAUGAUGCCAUUUUUUUGUUUUGUGUGUGUGUGUGUGUGUAUUCAUUGUUUGGGGAGUUAAACUGUGUAUUUUUGUAAUUUAUAUGUGCUAAAAAGAAGUUGUGGAUUAAAGGUAAAAUGAACACGAUGUUACACGAAUAUCCCUGUUGUGAAUAGUUGAAUAUAAAUAGGACAUUGUCGUGGCAUUGUGACGCUUUGGGUCUUCAUUUUUUUUUGUUAGUUUAGUUCCCCUGCUAAUAUUUUCAGAACCCAGUGUCGACAAAGGCUAAGCUCAUCUUGAAAGUGUUCAUGUCGAAGCCCUAAAACCAGGCAUGAACACACAUGAACACACCGUGCUUUGAGUUUGAAGGAAAGGAAGGACACACAAGUUAAUUUAUAAUCUGCUGUUAGCACAGUCCCCAAAUUUCUUUGUCCAUGUUAAAAUCAAGACAUCACUGCACUAAAGAAGCAUCACUAUUUAAAGACGAUGAAAUUUGGAUUAUUGGGAAUGUAGAUUUUCUAUUUCAAUUCUUCAAAAUGUUUGGGCAGCUUAGCUUCGUGGUUAUCGUGAAGACGACUGGUGACAAUUGAAGUUCUUUCUAACAAGCAAGCUUAUAUUUGUAAAUGUGUUGUAUAAGGCUGUAAUGAUAUUGACAGUACACUUGUGUGAUACCAUGUUGUGUUUGUUAUGUUGCUCUGUGCUUUUAGGAAUUGUGAUGAAAAAAAAAGUAGCAGGCAAGUUGAGAUGCCUUCUCAUAUCCCUGUCAUGUUGGCAAAGGUCACCGUACUGCUCUCUGCGCUCCAAUUCCUGAGAAACUGGCAGUGGUUAUGAACUCCAAACGCCACACUGCCUCAUAUUCGUCAUCAUCUCUAAUACACGUGUUGUAUCUUUUUUAAUAGCUACAUUAGUGGCGAAUCAGAAAAAAUGGUUCAAAUACUUAUUUUUGUCCUGGUGAUUGGUAAAAUGUUUGUGAUUAUUAAGAAAAUGAAAUUCAGUGAAGGUUAUUGACACUGUGUGGAUUCGUCGAGGAUUUAUAAUCCCUUUAUUUACAAAAAAAACAAAAACGUGGAGCACUGAAGCCACUGAGACCACCUGAGGUCGUGAAAGCAAAAUCAUCAGCUUUCUCAAAGUGUCACAUUUCACAGAAUUUUGUCUUUAAUCGUAAAUAUGACAGUUUUAUUUUUUCAUGUUUUGGCAGAGACUGUUUUGUAAUUAAAACUCCAAUUUAUAUGUUUGUAUAAUAACAUUUGUUCAACGUUAAAAUAAAAGUUCA